AUGCAGGAACCUAAGGAGACAGGCAAAGAUGCUGAUAGCCAGAGGGGAGUUCGCAAGUUAUAUUCAAGGACCAGCGGUGGACCAGAACCGGCCAAUGGAGCAUGUGAAGAAGAAUUAGAAGCACGGAUGAAGAGAAGGAUAGGCAGUGUAAACACUCUGCACCAGCAGAGCGCAUCAACGCAAAUAAAGUUUGACACAGCAGACUUGUUGCGUGUUCAGAUCCCUCAUGAGGACCCGCUGGUCGUAAGUUUGACAGUGGCCAAAUGCUUAGUGCGCAGAGUUCUAAUUGACCCUGGAAGUAGUUCGAACAUCAUGCCAAGAGAUACAUUCGAUCGGCUCGAGAUCAAACGGGAUCAGCUGAAAUCCACCGAGAAUCCACUAGUAGGGUUUGAUGGAAAGCGAGUGGAGCCCGUCGGCACGGUGGAGGUAGCGGUACAUGCUGCCGAAAGGGUUUUGAUGGAAACCUUUGUAGUUGUUGAAAUUCAUCCCUCUUACAAUCUUCUGAUGGGCAGAGGGUGGAUCUACAGAGUUCGAGGUGUUCCUUCCACUCUGCAUCAGGUAAUGAGAUGCCUGGCACCAGACGGAACCAAAGUGAUUGACAUUCAUGGAGACCAAGUUGCAGCUAAAGAAUGUUACUCUGUAACGCUGAAACAUGCCGGAAAGGGGAAAGCUCCCAUUCGUUCAAUCAAUCAGUUCCGACCGGAACGGACAACCAGAGUAGGGGAACGACUCGUUGAGGAGGAAAAGCAGGAAUUAGUUGAUUUUUUGUCUCAAAACGCAGAUGUGUUCGCAUGGAGUCACCUAGACAUGCCCGGGAUCGAUCCUUCGGUAUCCUGUCAUUCCUUGAACGUUAAUCCCAAUGCAAAACCUGUAAAGCAGAAGCAGCGACGGUUUGCCCCCGAGCGCAACCGAAUUAUUGCCGAGGACGUUGAUAGGCUGCUUGAUGCGGGGUUCGUAAGAGAAGUGCACUACCCCGACUGGCUAUCGAAUGUGGUCGUUGUGCAAAAGAAAAAUGGGAAAUAG